AUGUCUUACAUAUCGUCUAUUCGUACCCGAUACCUGGCCUGGUCACACUCCACGCCACUACCAGAUCUGUCAGACGCAGCGCCGCCUGUUUUUCAGCACUGGCAUGUCUUCGACAAGUCAGCCUGCAAAUGGGCCUUUGUUCAUCCCAACCCUCUUAACGCCGAGGAACUCAGCAAAACCUUUACGCCGGCAACACAAACAUCACAUCUAAAACUUCUGACAUGGAAUAUUGACGCUUUCGGUGACCGGCACGAAGCCCGUAUGGAAGGAAUUCUUUCCAAACUUCAGCAUAUGCUUGCAGACGGUGACUGCCCAGAGAUCGUGUUAUUUCAGGAGGUAUCACGAAAAGCACUCGCAUAUCUACUUCAAAACACCUGGGUCAGGGAAUUCAGGAUCUCAAGUGAGGCUGAUGAGACAAACUGGGUUGACGUACCCUUUGCCACAAUGACUUUACUUUCCCGGUCUCGAUUCAACAGCCUUUCUAGUGAGUCUGGGAGCAAUCCUGAAUCUACUUUGCCCGGCACCGCCGCCAUUAGCAACGGGUCAUUACUAUUGGGUCCAGUCUGGAGAGUCAAAUAUCCAAGUCGAUUUAACCGAGACGCUCUGUGCUGUGAUAUCUUCUGGAACCGUACAACACGCAUUCGUCUGGUCAACGUUCACCUCGACUCCCUUCCCAUUCAGCCAAAUCAGCGACCACGCCAAGUAGCUAUCGCGGCUAGCCUCCUUCGCACGGCUGGUGUAGGUCGUGGAGUCAUCGCCGGCGAUUGGAACACAGUCAUGGAGGAGGACAUGGUCCUGGCACAGAAAAACAACUUGAUAGACGCAUGGGAGUAUCUGCAUCCUGGGGAAGACGGUUUUACUUGGGGGUUGGACGGGAAGGGGGAACCGUUUCCUCCGGGACGGUUGGAUAAGGUUGCCGUGGUGGGUAUGACGCUUGUAGACAUCAGUGUUGUUCAUCCCGAGACAUUACCAACGGCGGAUGACUCUGGAGAGGAGAGAAUCGCAGGCGACAAUGAAGGAAUACCGUGGAAAGCAGCUGGGCCGGAAGGACCAAGUACCUUGCGUGUGAGUGGCAGGACUGAGAUCUAUGGGAUAUCUGUGUUGCCAACAGGCGCUGCGAGGUUGGACCCGAUGGUCGUCGAGUCCCUCGUCGAUCCAAAGUGGAAGAUCUUGAGCGAAGUGGCAACUCUCGACUGGGUGAAGGCGAACACUAGCGUAUCGGUUCCUCGAGUAUUGGCAUACAAUGCCGAUGGAUCAACGCCUAUCGGCUUUGAGUGGAUUGCAAUGGAAAAGAUGCCUGGAAAACCACGGGCAGAUGCAUACCGGGAUAUGACAUUCUCUGCGAAAGAGGAGGUCGUUCGCCAAAUAUCCCGCUUCAACUCAGAGACUUACCAAAGACCGCUGAAUGGUAUUGGGAAUAUAUUUCCUGGCCCAGCAGAUGCGGAAAUGGAUUACCCAGGAGUGACGCAAGUUGGAAGGAUUGUCUCUUCAGCUUUCAUCUGCCAUGGCAUUCAUCGGGACGCCCCACGCGGCCCAUUGCCGUCUAGCAGACACUGGCUUGAAGCUAGGCUAGAUCUCGCAGCACUUGACUGUCAGAGCCGUCUUGAGAAAGCACAAAACUCCGUAGCCCGUAGCGGAGGGAAGCCGGAUGCCGACACGGGUUCCGAAGGCGAGAGCAGAGAGGGCCAGGAGGAUGAAGAGGAACAAGAAGAAGAGAAGGAAAAUAGUACGAAGAGCGAAGACCAAGGUAGUGAAGAUGGGGGCAGAGCUGAAAAUGGCAACGGAGAUGAAGAUGAAGAAGAUGAAGAAGACGACGAUACAGAAGAUCUCGAUGUGCUCCAAGAUGCUCUCAAGAUCAUCAAAAAGCUAAAGACUCAACUGCCCAAUUUCUUCCCCCCUGGAGGCCCCGAACUGGAACCGACAAUACUUUUCCACGACGACCUCAACCGGCACAACAUUCUCGUUAAUGACGCAGGGGUCCUGACUGCCGUGGUGGACUGGGAGUGUAUUUCGGCCCUACCCCUAUGGGCGGCCUGUCGAUACCCGUCGUUCAUCGACGGCAAACCGAACGACGUGGAGCCGACCAAGGAGCGCUACCCACACGAUGAGAACGGCGAUGUCGACGAGCUGUAUUGGGGACACCUUGAAGACUUCGAGUCGGUCAAGCUCCGCCGUCUUUUCUUGGAAGAGAUGCGAAGGCCGGCCCCUGGGUGGGUUGUGGUUUUCGAGUGGAGCCAACGGCAGAGGGAUUUUGACCUUGCUGUGAACUCAUGCGAUGACGAGUUCUCGAUUCGACGGAUCCUUGCCUGGCUGGAGGACGUAGAUUCUGGCAAGAAGGACAUCGUCAGCUUAGAGGAGAGAUUCGCGUAA